AUCGGCAAGUACUGAAAUGCAAGUACUCGUACUCGUAUUCCAAAAAAGUGGUAUCGGUGCAUCCCUAAAAAAAAUUAUCAGUUUUUAAUAGUAAAUCUUUUAAAAAAUCUAAUUAUGGAUUAGAAUUUUUAUUGUUAUUAUAACCUAAAGAUGCUUGUCACUUGUCUUUGUAUAGAAAACACAUUUUUACCCAAAGUUGUCAAAAUGGAUUUAUUGCGUUUUGGAACCAAACUGUUUAUAUAAUGCAUUAAUGGUGGAAAUCUCAAAAUUGUGGUACUCUUUGCAACGUACACUGAAGCUUAAUGUUUUAUCUGUCUCCUUCUUUUUCUCAGCUUUCCUGUCCUUCCCUGGGCUGUCAUUUCAAAUAAAAGCCUAAAAACUUUUUGGAAAAGGCAAACAUUUUAUAAAUUGGCCCACCCAUGUUUUCUUCUUUUUUGUGCCUCUUUGGUGCUUAAUGUAGCCAAAAACAAGUUAUCCAAAAUGAGGUAUCUGAAAAGAGUUUAGAAUGGGAAAAGUAAACAUCAAGGGUCUAUGUAUUUAUACAGAUAAAGUGUUUAAAAAUAGUGGAAUUGUUUGAAUGAUCAAGUUAGAUGUGCAUUUUGAACAUUAACCCUGAUCUAUAUCGUAUUGGUCUGUAAAUAUUUACGUUUAUGUUGUAAAUAGGUAAAAGUACAUUUUUCAUGGCAUUUUAAGUAUUGUUGAUUGUGUUUUCCCCAAAUGCAGCAUUCAAGGGAAAAUGCGCCUGAGGAAUCUUCAGAGGAAAAAACUAUGGACAUAUUUGAAACGAUCGAAACCAGUCAAACCCAAUUUGUGCUGCAGGCCGAUGCCAUCGGCAAUGUUGAAAUGAAACACUGUAGUUUGCAACCCAAGGUUGUUCUAAAACCAUUAAUGCCAGUGUGCAUGUACGAAAGUACAGUCCCUAGUGUAGAUGCCCACAGCUCAGGCAGUUCUGAAAGCUGUAGCUUUAAUCUUGUACAAACCUCAUCCUCAGCGUCAGUUAAUAACAAAAGCGUUGAGGCAUCCUCUGGACAAAGCAACCAGAAUAAUCUUGAAAUUGUCGGUGUCCAGGUUGGACUUCCAGAGAACGACUCUCAAUCAGGAUUUAUAAACCAGGAAUCCUUCAUACUAUUAGAUGAUGAACCAGAGCAGUCAGUGACCCAAACUUGUACAACUGCAAGCUUGAAAUUGACCGAUUCAGAGCUAAUUACUCUUGCUGAAAAUGCCCCCAAGGAACCUGGAGGAAAUAACCAUCAAUGUGAAGACAUCUCUGCUGAGGACUUAACAUUCAACAAUCAAAUCACAGUUUCAGAGUCUGAAAAUGUGUUUGAUCUUGGUCUUGUCUUUUCACAAGAUGAAGACGACAUAGACGAUGCGCCAAAUGAAACCGUUGUGCUUGAUGAUAAUCACUCCAGUGAAUGCCUCCCAAAUGACUCUCAAUCAGAAGUAGAGAAACAGAUGCCAGUGACAGCAAUAGAAGAUGAAGCAGAACAGUCAGUAACCCAAGUCAGCACUAUUGCAAGCAUGAAUUUGACCGGUCCAGAGCUCAUGACUUAUACUGAAAAAACCCCAGUUGAAUCUGAAGAUACUAAGAAUGAUUGUUUAACGGUUGAGAUCUGUAGCGAAAAAUUAACUACUCUUGUCAUCUCAGAUGAUAAAGAUGGCAUGAACCAUGCACCGAGUCCUUCCAAAGGUUUUGAUGACAUCCAUUCCAGUGUUUGCCAUCCAAAUGGCCCUCAAAUUCUCAAUCCUGAAACUGAAUCCAUGAAUGCUGAUGAUGUCACAUGUUCUCUCAUUGACAAAGUCUCACAAAAAACUCAUGUUGAGGACGGCUCCAUGAGUCAGGGGAAAUCAUCUGAAACAUCGCAGUCGACAUUCGGUGAUGAUGCAUCUCUGUCGCAGCACGUGCAAGUUGAUAAGAAGCUACUGGACUCGAACAAUGACAGUGGCAGUCACGAACCAAAUACGGGAUCAAGAGUAAACAUUCAGAAAUGUUCUUCGCUGAAUUCUUCAUUCCGUUCCAGAUGGCGUAAAAAAUUGAGAGACAAUUCAGAAUCUCGAGAACGUGUUCGCUGCUGUCUUAAUAAGUCGGAGAAAGGACCUUUUCCUGAUGUACCUUUAAAUCGCGUGUCCCAGGAGCAACAGCAGGAACUUUAUCGAAAAUCAGCUCAACGAGAUGGGACCCCAAGUCCGGUUCGCUUUGCUUUGUCUUUGUUUAAAAGUUUAAUCCCACCUAACAUUUAUCAAGAGUGGUCAGGCUCCGUCGACUUCGAUGGCACCAAAGGGAAAUACUCGCUGCCUAGAAACUUGAAGAAAAAAAUUGUAGACGGAACGGAUCGGGCGUUCCAACAUUCGCUUACACCCUACGAUCACAAGAUGAUAAGAUAUCGAAUCAACUCACAUCUCCGAUAUAAACAAUAGACUUGACCCUCUGUUAAAAAACUGAAAAAAAUUCAUACAGUAGUUAGACAGAAAUCUCAAAAUGACUCUUCUGUUGAUGUUAAAUACUGACUUAUUUUUGCAGUGUAUGGUUAAUUAAAGCGUAGUUAUAUCUGGGGAAAAAAUGUCAUUAAUUUAUUUGCAUUUUUUAUUCUGUAAAAUGACCUGUUUUAUGUUCUGUCCAUG